AUGGAAAACUCAACUACCAGUGCUGCCAUCUACGACCAAGAUAUUCUGACUCUGACACCAACAACUACACUGUCAGAUGUUGUGGCUGCCACCAUCCAUGACAUCAGCAGUGAUAAUGAUAGCUGUUGUCUUGAUCAAUACCUUGGUACCAAUGUCACCAGCAAUACAGAUCAGCAUCUAGAUGUUUCAGAAUCAUCCUGCCAGUAUCAGUCUACUGAAGUUCCGCCGCCUGCACAUAACAAUCAUGAACUAUCAAGCAACUAUGCGUACCACAAGUCAUGUCAGUAUCAGUCAACUUCAGCUAUGGUUACACCAACAAACAAGCGUCGACCAUCACCAAUUCAGACGACACCUUCAUACUUCAGUCCGAAUGGCGACAGCAGAUUCAACGACUCACUAUCUGGUCUACUGGGAUCACCACCACCAGACAGCCCGCUUGCAAGCAAUCCAUUCUUCGGCGAUUUGCAGUAUGUACUCGCUAAAGAAUGUAAGUCUACAACAAACUCAAUGCCAGAUUCGCUGAUGUUGACCAUGACAACCCAACCACAGCCAGAUGUAUUCUACAGAGAACAAUUACUUCAGUCAAGGUUCAGCAAGUUGGAGCCAAGAUUUCCACAAGACGUCAAACAACUUUCAAACUUUUAUCGUUACCAAGCAGCCAUCGUAGAAACCGACAGAUUUCGCACUCUGCAUCAGCAGCCGUAUUAUGCUGACUACCAAAGAUCACUCAACAGAUACUUCGAUACACAGUUACAUCAAAUCAUGGAAAGAGUAGAGAAGAGUCUGACACUUCUGGAGGAGUCUACAACUGCCGUCCGGCAACAACCAUCCAUUAUCAAACCACGACCACAACUAUCAAAGAAAGCCAUCCGGGUAAUGGAAGACUGGUACGAAAAUCAUCUUGAACAUCCAUACCCAUCAGGAACCGUCAUUGAUCACAUAGCAGUGCAGGGUAAUGUUACAGUCGAGCAAGUAAAGAAGUGGUUCGCCAACAAGAGGAACCGCAGUAACAACACACGUACAUUGACAGAGAUUGCACGUCAGAAACGUCGCCGUGCUAUGCAGAAAAUGUUAUAA